CUUUCUACAUAGAAGUAAUUUUUAACAUUGCAUGUGAAACUAUGUUGGACGUUAAAGUGGAAUCACAAUUAGCACACCAAUUACUUAAACAACUGACGAGCAUAAAGGAAAUUUGGAGAUAUAGAUUAAGUAACAUAUUUUUGCAUCCAAAUGUUAUAUUCAAUCUUUCUACUACAAAAUGGAGACAGCAAAAACAAUUAAAUUGUGGCAUUUUGCUUAUAAAUGAGUUACUGCAAAGGAAACAUGUAUUCGAAAAAUCUGUGGUAGCCAAAUCCAACAGUAAGACGUUUCUUUUCGACAUUCUAUUAGAAGCGUUGCAUAAAGGAAGAAUAACUCUACAAGAAAAUCAGGAUCAUAUUAUUACAAUGUUAUCCGCAGUCAUUGACACAACUGCCGUUACAAUAAAUUUUGUGACUUUUAUGCUCGCAAAUUUUCCAGAAGUACAGGAAAAAGCAUACAAAGAAUUAUCAGAAAUUUACGGCAAUAAAUCUCCAAAAUCUGUACCAAUUAAAUAUGAUGAUUUGCAAAAAAUGGAUUAUUUGAAUCGAGUUAUUAAGGAAACAAUGAGACUCUUCCCUGCUGCUCCUUUGAUUGGACGAAUUCUAACAGAAGAUUUAAAAAUAGGAGAAACUAUUUUACCUAAAGGAGCUGAAAUAAUUAUGUCUAUAUUACAUAUGCACCGAAAUAAGAAACAUUGGUCGAAUCCCUUGAUGUUCGAUCCAGAUAGAUUUCUUCCAGAAAAAAAAGAGCAUUAUUCGAAAUAUUUCAUGCCGUUUAGUAACGGACUCAGAAAUUGUAUUGGUCAAAAAUAUGCGAUGAUUUCUAUGAAAGUCAUUCUAGCAACAUUGAUACGAACGUUUGAAUUCAAAGUAGAUAAAAAUAUCAAAAUAGAUGAAAUAAAACUUAAUACAGACAUUACAAUGUGUACUGUAGAUCCUCUGAAAGUUAAAAUAAAAAAAAGGGAUUAUUAAAUUUAACAAAUGUAACAAUUUAGGUUAAAAGAAUAUGUA